CAGUUAAAAGUCACCAGUUAGCGCCAAACAUUGAAACAACAUGAAAUCUCUUUUACUGCUCAGUGUCGUGGUGGGAUUCACCCUCGGAGUGGACUACUGUGCUUUGCCCACGUGCCGGGACAAGCACAUUGCCUGCAAUAACAAAGGAUAUUUCGGUCCAAACUGUCCAAACAAUUCUCGUGUGGUCAAGAUUGAACCCCAUCACAAAUUGAUCCUUGCCCUCUUCAACGAACUACGAAACAAAGUGGCUGGAGGUGAAAUAGAGGGCUUACCCAAAGCUGUUCGUAUGGCCAAAAUGUCCUGGUGCGAGGAGCUCGCUUAUUUGGCUCUACUCAACGUUAAGAACUGCCAGUCCUUGCCGGACAAGUGCCGCAGCACCGAGCGAUUCGCAUAUGCUGGCCAGAACAACGCCAUAUUCAGCUACAGUGGAGCAGAGUCGGAGUACACAGAUGCGGAGAUCAUGAAGGAGCAGAUCGAAAAUUGGUUUGCAGAGCGCUCCAAUGCCUCUCCCGAUAUUCUGGCCAACUUUCCCGAAGAUUUGCCCAACAAAAACGUGGCCAAGUUUACCAUUACGGUUGCUGAGAAGAAUACCCAUGUGGGAUGUGCCGCAGUGCGCUUCGCUAAGGAUUACUACAACCACUUUGUUUUCACCUGCAACUUCGCCACCUCCAAUAUUGUGGGUCAGCCUGUGUACAAACCAGGCGAGAGGUCGACUUCCGGAUGCAAGAACAGAUAUGGAGCCGCCUAUGACUACCCCAACCUGUGCUACGCCAAGGAAAUCUACGACAAUGAUAAGGUCAUCAAUGACACGAUUUUCUAAGUGUAAGAUUGAUUGCACGCGUCAUUUUGCUAGGUACAUUAUUUAUUAUUUAAAUGCAGACAGGAAUUAGAAUUCUAA